AUGGCGGACACCGGCUUCGUCAAGCCCGAGGCCGAGACGGGCGAGCCCGCGCCCGCCGUCGACGACGAGGACCUGUUCGAGGACGCGGGCGACCUUGAAUUCUACGACAGGAGCCAAGGCCCGACCUUUGAGACGCUCUACCUCGCGCGCGUCCCCCGCUACAUGUGGGAGGCCUGGCAGCGCCUUGGCGAACGGCUCAAAGACGACGAUGAGGUGCAGAUUGGCACACUGCGCACCUGGAACGAGCCCGGCGUCCCCGACGCCGACGGCCACAUCGGCCCCGAGUCCACCAAGCUGCGCAUGCUGCUCGACCCGGGCUGCGGCGAGCACCACGAGCUCCCGCGCGAGUACGACCUCGACGUCCUCGAACGCGACGUCCGCAAUCACUUCAUCUUCACCGAGGAGGACCUGCCCAGCUACAAGGCCAAGAACAAGGCCCGCCAGGACCAGAUCAACGCCGGCAUCCCCGCCCACAUCCUGCGGCAAAAGGAGGCGGCGGCGGCGGCGGCGGCGGCAGCUGCUGCUGGCGGUGGCGGGCCGCAGCGGCACACGUUUGAUCGCAAGUCGCGCUUUCAGCCGUACUUUCGCAAGGCGAUCCCGAAAAAGACAAAGGUUUUUGGCAAGAUACACUAUGAUGUUCGCGUCGAGCCUCGCAAUACGGGAGAAGAGGAGCGCUACCUCGGCCAGCAGCUGUUCCAGGCCGAACACUCGCGAGCCAAGCUGCAAAUCAUCAGCAGAAACACGGCAUCGUCCAUUAUCAACCCCGGCACCGCUGGCGCCGUUGGCUGGGCCGGCAACUUUAUCAAAAAUACACCCUCUCUCGUCAAGCCGAAAAAGGGCGAAAUUUUCAAGGCUGCUCGUAUCCCCAAGAACCAGCUUCUCGAUCUCAUCUUCGACUGUUUCCGUCUAUAUCAGUAUUGGUCCAUGAAGGCGCUCCGUCAGCGCACGCAGCAGCCCGACUCGUACUUGCGGCAGGUGCUCGAGGAGGUGGCUGUGCUCAACAAGUCCGGCCCGUUUGCCAAUCACUACUGCCUGAGCGACGCCUACAGAGACAAGGGCGGCAACGAGUCCCGCGAGGCUGCGGCCGAGACGGUCGACGACGGCGACGACGACGAGCCCGACGAGAUGGAGGAUGUUGUUCUCUCUUAG